GGUCAAAAACUCACUGGGGUUUCACAAUACCUGAGGAUGGAGCUUGCUGAAUAGGUCAGGCUAUUGUCUCCUUCUCCUCCUGGACUUCUCUCUGAAUUGGAGCCCUUUGGCACAUGCUGGUAGACCAUGUGGAGGUUGCUGUCACACGGACUUAUCUUAUUGGGCUGCGUCUUUCAGGAAAGCAUCGGCAUCACCAGACGAUAUUUCAUCGGAGCAGUGGAGAAGGAAUGGGACUAUAUGCCCAACAAACAGAAUGGGUUGUCUUCCUCUGCCCUAGUCCAUCAAUAUAAGAAGGCAAUUUAUUUGGAAUACACAGAUUCUACCUUCAGAGAAAUAAAACCCAAGCCUGCUUGGAUGGGUCUUUUGGGCCCCAUCAUCCAAGCUGAAGUCUAUGACAAGGUGGUUGUUACCUUUAAGAAUUUGGCUUCACGACCCUUCAAUAUUCACGCUAAAGGAGUGUCUUAUUGGAAAGCUUCUGAAGGGGCAGGCUAUGAUGAUAAAACCAGCCGGCUAGAGAAAGAAGAUGAUGCUGUGGGGCCUGGUCAAACCCAUGUCUAUGUGUGGGAGAUCUUAGAAGAUCAAGGGCCAACUGGAUCGGAUACACACUGCUUAACUUACGCCUACUCCUCUCAUGUGGACAGUGUCAGGGAUACUAACUCUGGAUUGAUUGGACCACUGCUGGUCUGUAAGCCAGGGACUUUGACGAGUAUAAAAUCCUGGGGCAAAAUGCAAGAAUUCGUCCUGCUUUUUUCGGUGUUUGAUGAAGAGAAGAGCUGGUAUUCUCCAUCUCACAUCAGAGGAAACUCGAAGUCUCCAUCUAAUCAGCUACAGUUUCAUACCAUCAAUGGGUUCAUUCAUUAUUCUCUGCCUGGUCUCAAGCUGUGUGAGAAGAGGCCUGUCUAUUGGUACGUCAUUGGCCUGGGCACCAUGCCUGAAGUCCACUCCAUACUUUUUGAAGGUCACACUUUUCUGGUGAGAGAACAUCGUUAUGCCACUCUGGACAUUUCCCCCGCCGUUUUCCUCACUGCCGAGACAACACCCAGAACUAAUGGCACAUUUCAGAUGUUCUGCCAGAUUCCAUCACAUCAGCAAGCUGGCAUGAAAGCCUUCAUUCAAGUGGAAGUUUGUCCAGAACCUCCUGAGAAGAAGAUGAGGAUGGCAGAACCAUCUGCGGAUGAGGACAACUAUGAUUAUGAGGAGGAGGAGGAUAUGGAAAGCACGGUGAUAGACUUGGAUUCACCGAGGAUUGCUGGGCGUUCUCGUGCCAAAAAACUGCCUGUGACUUGGAGGCAUUAUAUUGCUGCAGAGGAAGGUGAUUGGGACUAUGCGCCAGUAAAGCCUACUAACAUGGACAGCACUUACAGUAAGUUUCUGGAAAAUGGCCCCCAGCGGAUCGGGUCCAAGUAUAAGAAAGCAAUGUUUGUGGAAUAUGAGGAUGCAACUUUCAGUAAGCGGAAGCCACCCAAACCAGAUCACAUGGGCAUCCUGGGACCUGUCCUCAAAGGAGAAGUCGGUGACGAGUUUAUUAUUGUAUUUAAGAACUUGGCCAGCCGGCCCUACAACAUUUACCCUCAUGGAAUCACCAAUGUCACUGCAUUUCACCGUAUUGAAAAUCCCCGACAUCAGAAUAUAAAGUUGAUAGCCGUACGACCUAAACAGAUGUUUGCAUACAGGUGGCAAAUAAUGCCUGAAGAUGGCCCAACCAGAUCUGAUCCUAAAUGCCUGACUCGCUACUAUUACAGCUCAUUCAGACCUGCUAAAUCCUUAGCAUCUGGGCUUAUUGGACCCCUCCUGAUCUGUUUUAAAGAAACCAUGGAUCUGAGAGGCAAUCAGAUGAUAUCUGAUGAAGCAAGAUUUGUGCUGUUUUCUCUCUUUGAUGAAAAUUGGAGCUGGUACUUGGCAGAGAAUAUCAAUCAGUCUUGUUCCGAUGCAGCUAAUGUUGAUCCCCAGGACCCGGAGUUCUAUGCAUCCAACCUCAUGUACAGUAUCAAUGGGUAUGUCUUUGAUAAUCUUGAAAUGGAACUUUGCCAGAACCAAGUGGUUUAUUGGUAUGUCCUGAAUGUGGGUGCCCAGACCGAGAUCCUGUCUGUCUUCUUCUCUGGAAACACUUUUCAGCACAACACAGUCUUUGAGGAGGCCCUGACAAUCUUCCCUCUCUCUGGAGAGACUGUUUUCAUGAGCAUGGACAAUCCAGGCAAAUGGAUGCUGGGAUGCUUGAAUCCUGAUUUUCGAAAACAGGGAAUGACAGCUAAGUUAACUAUUUUAGAAUGUCCCCAAGAAGAGUAUUUUGAUGACGAUGAUGAACAGGACUAUGAUAGCAUUCCACUAAACUAUAUCAGUGAAGCCAAUAACCUACAGGCAAGAGGUUUCUCCAAGAAAAGUAGAGGUCGCCUUGAACCCCCUGACCAUCUUCUCAAACAAAACCAUCACAAUAAUUCCGAUGACCCACUCAUAUCUCCUGGGGAACCCUUAUCCCUAGAUGAACCCUUGUUUGACAUCUUGCCCACGGAUGCUUUCCCCAUAGAAGAGCAAUUGCCUCUAUUGAAGCAAAGUUUUGAAGAACACUCUCCUUCAGAAAACUCAUCCCUUGCACAGGAAACAUCACAUCAUAACCAUCUUUCAUUAGCAAGUGCAGCCAACCUAGCUAGAGAGGCUCUUAGCUUCAGAAUUCCCAGGUCAACCGAUGGUGCUGGAAACCUACAGAAUUCUACAUCUUUAAGUGAAGAUUUUUUCCUUGGUAAUAAUAGUAUUCAUACAGUGUCCCACAAUGAAGCAAUUGAUGCAAUGAAACAGAGUCCUCAGGAUAAUGAGAGUGAGAAGAUUAUGCAACUCAGAAUAAAUCCAACUGUUGGGUUGCCAGAUCUUUUGAACAAAGAAAAUUCCUUAUUUCUAAAGAAAGAUGAGGCAAUGUAUUCAGAUAGAUGGACUGAUAUUAUGGACAGGGCCCUCUAUAUUAAUGAUAUUGAAAAUGAUAAUGAUAGAUUCCCUAUAAAUCCCUCUUCUACUAAUAAAACAAUAGAUAGCUUGCCUCUCCAAGGAGAUUUCCAAGAAAAGAACCAAGACAACAUUCUCUCAGGAAAAGAAUCUAUAUCCAGACUUAGUGUUGCACCCAGUAAGACCAGUGUCACAAAUUCCCAUGGAGCCCUGAAUAUAUUUAUGGAUCAAAAUGUUACACAAAAUAGGUCAGCAGAUACAAUUUUAAGUAUUCCCCAAAUAAACUCAUCUGAAAAAGGGGAUAUUUUACACCAAGGAGGUACCUCUCCAUCACAACUAGCUGGCCUGGGAAAGGGUACAAGUUCUAAGACAGAAGAGAGUCAGUCAAAACUAAACAUACAGAGCCCAGAAAAGUCAACAGAUGGGAUAAAGUCAGUGUCCUGUCAACAGCGUUCCCAUGAUUGCAGUAGACAGUUGGGAGAGAGGUCUGUGAAACCACAGGAAGUCACACUGGAUGAAAUAGCUGAUAGGGCAGAAAUGGAAAGAAAAACUUCUAGCAAGAGGGAUGAAAGAGUUCAGCCUUUGCUCAACUUCCUCAGGACAAGCAAUAAGACCAAGGUUUCUAUAACAAGGACUCCUUUAACAGAUAGAGCUAAAGGAGAUCAUCAAAUAACAAAUGAUAACAGAACUACAGCUUCAUAUUAUUCCCUAUUGAACAUAAUCCAACAUGAUCUAAAUUUAUCUCAAACAACGAAGGAUGUAAGCAAUACCACCGUGAUUUCCAAUAAUUUUAGAACAGAAACAAAGGACCACAAUAUGGAAAUGAGGCUAGGAUUGGCUUCAGCUGUUUUUGCAAAUGGAAACAUUUCUGAAGCCAACUCUCUUCCUCCAAAAAACACAGAACAAAUACAUACAUCUGGCCUAUUUAGCACUCCCAAAGAUGCACCAGUUAUGAGACAAGCUGGCCCAGAAACUCUUUUGCAGUUGCAGCUGAGGAAGUCUAGUGUGGAUCAGGGUCAAAUGUUAAGAAAUGAACCUUUGAAGGGUACCAUUAAAAGGGAGGAGGUGAAAAUCUCAGCACAACAGGCUCCAGCUGCCAAUGAUCUGCUCUCUCAAGACCACCUACCAUUCAGUCAGGCCAUUCAAGGGCAGCCGUUGAAGGAAAUUAAUAGUUCAAAAGAAGUGAAUGGGUUUAAUGAUGAACAAAGUGAUACUCCUAUCUCAAGAGAUGAAACACCAGUAUUCAAAGGGAAGGAAGGGAGGGAAGAAGUGGGAGUCUCAUUCAGCAAGGAUUCAGGUGCCAGGUUUCAUGUGAAGGUCUCCAGAACUCCCUUAGGUGACAACCAACCAGCAGAAAAAAGGAUCUCAAGACCUAUGAAAGAAAAAUUUGACUAUGAUGAUUAUAGCAAUACAGAGGAGACCAAGGAGGACUUUGAUAUCUAUGAAGAAGAGGAACAGGAUCCCCGUAUGUUCACUGGGAAAAUCCGACAAUAUUACAUUGCUGCAGUUGAGGUGAUAUGGGAUUAUGGCAGCCAUAUUUCCUCCCCAUAUCUGAGAGACAAUGACCCAAAGUCCGGCUGGAGGAAGCUCUCUGGAAGUUAUAAGAAAGUCGUCUUCCAAGAAUAUUUAGACAGCACUUUUACUCAACCAAUGGUCCGUGGAGAAUUGGAUGAGCAUUUGGGCAUUUUGGGGCCAUACAUCCGGGGACAGGUUGAUGAUACAAUUGUGGUGACUUUCAAGAACAUGGCUUCCCACCCCUAUUCUUUCCAUUCUAACUUACUGCCAUAUGAAGGGAGCUGGGAAGAUGGAGAACGGCGGAGGCCGGAGGCUGUUCAGCCGAACCAGCUUCGCCAAUACUCCCUCAAGGUGUUGUCUACAAUGGCUCCUUCCAUGAGUGAAUUUGACUGCAGAGCCUGGGCAUACUUUUCCAGUGUUAACCUGGAAAAAGACCUCCAUUCUGGUCUUAUUGGGCCCCUGAUUAUUUGCCAGGCUGGGGUGCUCCGCACGACGCAUGUAAGGCCGUUGACUAUUCAAGAAUUCUCCUUGCUCUUCACCAUCUUCGAUGAAACAAAGAGCUGGUAUUUUGCUGAGAACUUGGAAAGGAACUGCCCGCCUCCUUGCCACAUUCAGAUGGACGAUCCUGCCCUUAAAACCAACCAUACCUUUUAUGCUAUCAAUGGCCAUGUGAAAGACACGUUGCCAGGGCUGGUGAUGGGACUACAUCAGCGGGUCAGGUGGUAUCUGCUCAACGCAGGUGGUGCUGAGGACAUCCACUCUGUCCAUUUCCAUGGGCAGGUCUUCAGCAUCAGAAUGGCUGAGGAAUACCGUUUGGCCACCUACAACCUCUUCCCUGGUGCCUUUGAGACAGUGGAAAUGCGACCAUCUCAUCCCGGGAUUUGGCGGGUGGAAUGUGCUGUUAGUGAGCAUGAACAGGCAGGAAUGAGUGCCCUCUUCCUUGUGUACAACAAAGAUUGCCAGAGUCCUCUGGGCUUAGCUUCUGGAUAUGUUGCUGACUCUCAGAUCACAGCUUCAGGACACUAUGGUGAAUGGGUCCCCAGUCUGGCCAGGUUGGACAACUCUGGGUCAGUCAAUGCUUGGAGGAGUAAUCAGAACAACUCCUGGAUCCAGGUGGACUUGCUCCAACCCAAGAUCUUCCAUGGAAUAAAGACACAAGGAGCUCGGCGGAGGUUAACUAACUAUUACAUCUCCCAGUUCAUCAUCUUCUAUAGUCUGGAUGGAGAGAGAUGGAAGUGUUAUAAAGGCAAUUCUACCAGCUCCCAAAUGAUAUUCCCUGGGAACGUGGAUGCCGUGAGUGUGAAAGACAAUGCCUUCGACCCUCCCAUUAUAGCCCGUUACAUCCGUCUCCACCCAACACACUUCAGCUUUCGCAACACGUUGAGGAUGGAGCUGCUAGGCUGUGACCUGAAUAGCUGUUCCAUGCCACUAGGAAUGGAGAGUAAAUUUAUUUCUAAUGGACAGAUUUCUGCUUCUUCUUGGAUUGACAAUAUAUUUGCUGUUUGGUCUCCCUCUCUGGCCCGGCUCAAUACGAAAGGGAGAAUAAAUGCGUGGAGACCAAAGAUUGACAGCACAUCAGAGUGGCUUCAAGUCAAUUUUAAGAAGAUGGUGCGGGUGACAGGAUUAAUAACUCAAGGCGCCAAGUCUGUCUUCACCCACAUGUUUGUAAAGGAGUUUUCUCUUUCCAGCAGCAUGGAUGGCAAAAACUGGACAGCUGUUCUUCAAGAUGGGGAGAAACAGAUUUUCCAGGGAAACCAAGAUUAUUUCCAGCCCGUGAUGAACUUUCUGGAUAACCCAUUCUUUGCCAAGUAUUUGAGGAUACACCCACUCAGCUGGAACAACCACAUUGCACUCAGGAUGGAAGUGUUGGGCUGUGACACGGAGCAGAUGGACUAGUGACGAUGAAACUGUCUCCUGCUUUUGCUGCAAACACUUAGAACAGGAGAACCCUCCCAUACGUAGCCCACUGCAACGUAUUUAUCAUGAUAAACCAACUUCCAUUACCCGUGUAUUUUUGACAACAGUGUUUUGCUGCAUAAGAAACAACAUAAAGUCUCUGAAAAAAUGUU